AUGUCGCUCUCAAACCACCCUCAGCCACCGUACCCGCUCCACGAAUCGAUCAAGGACAAGAUCCAUCCCGAGUAUGCGAAAUUCUACAACGAACAUAUCAUCAAUGCCCAACAGGUUCACUACCAACCAGUCGAGGCGUCGCGGGUAGGUGGCAAGCUCAUCCCUGGCGGCGGUGACCCGCUCCCCGUGGGCAAGACCCAAGACAUUGCGCUCAAGCGACAAGCCUCUGAAGGGCCCGAUGUUCAGAUCAGAUGUUUUACCCCCGAAGGGGACCCUCCCGCCAACGGUUGGCCCGUGAUGAUCUACUAUCACGGCGGCGGCUGGGUCUUGGGCAACAUCAACACGGAAAACACCGUGUGCACCAACCUGUGCGCGCGCGCAAACUACGUGGUCAUCACCACCGACUAUCGACUGGCGCCCGAGUCUCCGUGGCCCGCGGCCGUGCAUGAUUCGUGGGAGACGGUGCUCUGGGUGUUUGGCCAAGGGAAGUCGAUCUUGUCGCUGGACCUGAGCAACGUCGCGAUCGGCGGGUCGUCGGCCGGCGGGAACCUAGCGGCCAUCAUGAGCCACAAGGCCUUGACAUACACAACCACCAAGAUUUCCUUCACAGUCCAGCUGCUCGUGGUCCCCGUGACGGACAACACGGCCUCGGUCGAUUCGAACCCGACGUACAAGAGCAACGAAUUCACCGCGGCCCUCCCCGCGGUCAAGAUGCUCUGGUACCGUCGCCACUAUCUACCCAACGAGAAGGACUGGUCGGAUCCGGAAGCGUCGCCGAUUUUCUACCCUUCGGAAAACUUCGCCAAACUCCCUCCGGCCGUUGUGUUGGUUGGCGAGCUUGACGUGUUGAAACACGAGGGCGAAGCCUAUGCGCAGAAGCUCAAGGACGCCGGUGUCGCUGCAGAAGUUCAUGUCAUGGAAGGAAUGCCACAUCCGUUCUUGGCCAUGGAUGCAGUGCUGGAGGCUGGAAGGACGGCAAUUACCAUCUUGUGCCAGAGUCUGCAGAAAGCCUUGUCCAAAUCAUAG